AUGAAAGACACCACAAGAACAACCAACAGCAUCAGAAAUAGCAAAAAAUCAUUGGAUAAACCAGCAGAGUCAUUAAACGUGUCAGUCCAAAUCAACCAGGAUUUUAAUAAUUAUUGUCCACACUCCAUAUCUUACUCUCAAGUAAUCAAAGGCAAUGAUGCUGCUCAUCGCAUUGAGCUAUACCAGACAUUUUUUCAAAUGUGCAUAAAUGCCGAUCCUAAGCUCAGAAAAUGGAUCAAUAAAGUUGACCAAAAAGGUCUUCCGGGAUUAAUGACCCAAGGUUAUUGUCCUCCACCAAGACAGUCAAUUGACCAGUCAAUGCCAACAAAACGUAGUUCUGGAGUGUUCGAUCGUAUGAGUGGUUCAGUAAGCACUCUGUUCCGCAAAGCUACGGCAUCUGUGCCGCCUCGACCGAGUGGGCCCAAGAGUACCGUUGACCCGUCACCCAAGCCUUCCUCGAGCAGAUUUUUGGCUAGUUCGUUUGGUCAACUUGGGUUUUCGCGAUCUACUUCACGCGUACCUUCCAAAUCCGAAUCCUCUAGCUCAAAGUCAUACCAAAAUACGCACAGUCACACAAAGUCAUCAAUGGAUGAUGAGCGUUUGAGAACAAUGAGAUUUUCAUUCUCAACUUGUAGCAGAAAAGAAAAAUCAAGUAGCCACUCCCAUAACAAGUCUCCAAAUACUUUUGGGCAUUCGAGUGCAAACUUCCUUAGCUGCCUGAAGUUUCAAGAUGCUCGUAUACCCGGUGAUUUGAAGGAUAAGCAUUUUCUGCAUUCAGCAACAAAACCUAGUAAGAAGCAAAAAAGCGCAAGUAUCAAUUGGGGUAGAGGAAAGCGUGGAAAUCAUGGAUUGAAUGAGGCAUCAAAAAGCCAGUGUUUACACACUACACCUAUUAUUGAAAUACAAAGAAUAUGGACUCAGAACUCUGACCCUAUGGGCUCUGUCAAACAGGACUACAAGGAUUUGUGUACACAUGACCCAGUAGUUGCAACCAUUCAUAUGCCUCAUGAUGAGCAAAAUAAUAAAUCGAGGCGGUCAUUUUUGAAGGAAAGGCGGCUCCCUCUUCCGUCGCAUUUACUUUACGUCAGAAAUAGUGCACCCACCUAA